GUUUUAGAGGAUAAUGACUAUGGGCGCGCUGUAGACUGGUGGGGUUUUGGAGUUGUGAUGUAUGAAAUGAUGUGUGGCCGCCUUCCCUUCUACAAUCAGGAUCAUGAAAAGCUGUUUGAACUCAUUCUAAUGGAAGAGAUCAGAUUUCCACGCACUUUGUCACCUGAAGCCAAAUCUCUUCUUUCUGGGUUGUUGAAGAAAGAUCCUAAACAAAGGUUGGGUGGUGGCUAUGAUGAUGCAAAGGAAAUAAUGCAAGACAAAUUCUUUUCUGGAAUUGAGUGGCAAGAUGUCUAUCAGAAAAAGCUUAUUCCACCAUUUAAGCCUCAAGUGACAUCUGAGAUGGACACAAGAUAUUUUGAUGAAGAAUUUACUGCACAAACAAUAACAAUCACUCCACCUGAUCGAGAUGGCAGCAUGGAAUCCAUAGACAAUGAGAGAAGACCACACUUUCCCCAGUUUUCUUACUCAGCCAGUGGAAGGGACUGAACUCAACCACCUUAAAAAUGAAUAAAGGAAAUCGGAUCAAAUUUUUAAGGACUUAUAAUAAGGAAUGAGUACAAGAGGUCAUCAGUAUAAACUGGUUGGUCUGUAGAUAAUUUGGACAGCAAUGUUUGCUGUUUCAACAAAAUCUUCAUUUGUGAUAUGUUGGAAAAUGAGCUACUUCUUAAACUGAAGUAUUGUUUCUUUGUGCACUGACCUAAUUUCAAAUGAGUAGUUAUGAGGACAUACAUUUGGGAUAAAUAGGCACCAUUCUGAUUGACAGAACAGUGGAAACUGAUAUUUUGAAUGGAACACCCCCUUUAUUAUCGCUACAUAUUUAUGGACUUCAUUAAAUGUACCCAACUGAUCAGAUAGAUUUAAAAUUCUAUUUCAGUAAUUGGUUCUUUGUAAGAUAUUUUCAAAUCUAUAAAAUAGGUAAUGAUCAAUCCAAUCUAUUGAUAACGUAUAUAAGAUCUGAUUAAGAUAAUAGUGCAAAAAGUAAACCUCUCCAGUCACAGAUGGCUCAUUAUGUAUUACUGGUCCAGCAUACAGUACUGUAAAGGUGAAAUGUACUCUGGAGUCCAACCAGAGCUUCUGCCACAAUUUGUUUACCUUUCUACAAUGUGUAAACAUCAGAUUGCCUCAGUGAGGCACAAUAAUAUCUUCAGCAGCAGGAACUUUGCUGCAGUCUAUGAGGAAAAAUUGAAAUCUACAACAAUUGUUUGCAUUUCAGUGUCAAGCUUCAUACUAACUGAAAUACACUCCACAUAUUACCUUGUUUAUAUGUAAUAUACAUGCCAUUUCUUUGAUACUUCCUGGGCAUCUUUGGAUGUUACUUUCACAGUUUGCUAAUAUUAUUUAUCAGUUUAAAAAAAAUUAAAUCAAUUAUGUCAAUACCACAUUUAGUAACUUAAUGUUUAAUAGUGAAUGUUAAGGAAUAUUUGUUUCCCCAUUUGUGGUUUGUUUCUGUAUCUUAUUGUCCUAAAUGGAGCAGAAAAAUAUCUAUCAUACUGUAUUCAAAUGAUAAUGAAUCAGUUCAGUCAUCAGUUACAUUCCAUUGAGAUUGUUCACAUCAUUCUAGCUCAAUUGAAACAUCUAGAUGGAAAUUGCAGGAUUGAACUAGCACCCAAUGCACUAUUUGUGGAGUGAAUAUUCUAUAAAUGACUGUGUUUUAAAUACUCAGUAGUUCCUGCUUUCCAUUUGGCAUUUGGUGGAUCAAGGAUAACUAUUUAAUUAGGUACUGGUAAACAAAACCAGUUACCACUAUUUUGUACCCUGU